UUUAAUCCAGCUCUUACAGGAACUGUCAGCUCAUUUCACUCUUCUCCUGUCUCCUGUCUCCUGGAGUGUAUGCUGCAGGAUCUGCUUCACUACAACCAUAGAGCAACAGUUGACCUUCAAACAACAAGGAUGGCAAGCACCUUCUCCAGAGUGCUGACGGGUCGUAGGACAGCCAUGCUGCUUGCCAGCCUCGGGACUGGCGCUCUGGCUACUGGCUACCUCAUGAGUAACAUCAAUUACGCAAGGGCCAUUGAGAGGAGAAAACUCUACCCUCCCAGUGCUGACUUUCCUGACCUCCGCAAACACAACAACUGCAUGGCCACAAACCUCACCCCAGCCAUAUACUCCAGACUGAGGGACAAAGUCACCCCCAAUAACUGGACCCUGGACCAGUGCAUACAGACUGGGGUGGAUAACCCCGGCCACCCCUUCAUUAAAACCGUGGGGAUGGUUGCCGGCGAUGAGGAAAGCUACGAGAUAUUUGCUGACAUAUUUGACCCGGUCAUUAAGGAGAGGCACAAUGGCUAUGAUCCACGCUCAAUGAAGCACUACACUGACCUGGACAGCAGUAAGAUCACCCACGGCCAGUUUGACGAGCGCUACGUGCUUUCGUCCCGAGUGCGUACCGGCCGCAGUAUCCGUGGCCUCAGCCUGCCGCCUGCCUGCUCCCGGGCCGAGAGGAGGGAGGUGGAGCAUGUUGCUGUCCAGGCCCUUGCUGGACUCAAGGGUGACCUGGCUGGACGUUACUACCGCCUGGGGGAAAUGACCGAGCAAGAGCAGCAGCAGCUUAUUGACGACCACUUCCUGUUUGAUAAGCCAGUUUCCCCCUUGUUGACUUGUGCUGGGAUGGCACGUGAUUGGCCUGAUGCCAGAGGAAUCUGGCACAACUUUGACAAGACCUUUUUGAUAUGGAUUAACGAGGAGGACCACACCAGGGUCAUCUCCAUGGAGAAAGGUGGAAACAUGAAGAGAGUCUUUGAAAGAUUCUGCCGGGGACUGAAGGAGGUUGAAACGCUUAUCCGUGAGCGAGGCUGGGAGUUCAUGUGGAAUGAGCACCUGGGGUAUAUACUAACCUGUCCCUCUAAUCUGGGCACUGGACUGCGUGCCGGGGUGCACGUAAAGAUCCCCAACCUCAGCAAGGAUCCACGCUUGUCCAAGAUCCUGGACAACCUGAGACUUCAGAAACGUGGCACUGGUGGUGUGGACACAGCCGCUGUGGGAGAUACAUUCGACAUUUCCAAUUUAGAUCGCAUUGGCCGAUCUGAGGUGGAACUUGUUCAGCUGGUGAUUGAUGGGGUCAACUAUCUCAUUGAUUGUGAGAAGAGACUGGAAAAGGGUCAGGACAUCAAAGUGCCACCACCCAUCUCCCAGUUCAGAAAGUGAGCUCCGAUUGUCUGAACGAUAGAGACCACAGCGCGGGGCAACACACGAGUCCUGCUUCCUGGGAACUGCUGCAAAACUGAAGGUCUUACAUCUAUACUAGCCUCUUAAAUAGUUACUCUUCAAAAUAAACCUUUCAAAUGUAAA